AACGUAAUUUGUCAUUCAAAACCCUGUAAUUUGAGGUGCUACAUGAUAAGAUUCGACAUAUCAGGCAAAUAAUAAACGAUAAUGUGUCCAAAGGGCGUUAUACAUGACAUGGCGUUAAAACAGACACCGCAACGUAAUUCAUCAUUCAAAAUCCUUUAAUUUGAUGGGUCACACAUUGAUUUCUGAUUAUCCGUUCCGAAGAUACAUGGUACAUUGCCAUAACGGCCUAAGGGAUAACUUGGUUGAGCUGUAAAUGCUUAUUUAUUGUUAUUGACGUUAAAACAAAGCCAUUAGCAUAGAAAAAUCUCGUAUCGCAGUUUGAUCUCUAGCAAAUCCUAAUUCGCUCAAUUUUGCACCAAGUGCUCCGUGCAAUAUAUCAUUAGAAAGGUCUUUUCAUACAUAUUAAGAAAAUCACUGACCAAGUGUGUUACGGUCAUUAUUUAUGGCUGAAAACGACAAAAAACUACAAAUUCUCAAUGUACUAUAUUGACACAAAAUGUACUUAUAUGGUACAAAAAAAAGGCCUUAUACAGAACAUUGUGUUAAAACAGACAUCACAACGUAAUUCGUCAUUCAAAAUCCUUUAAUUUGAUGGGUCAUACAUUGAUUUCUGAUUAUCCGUUCCAAAGAUACAAAUAUUUGUACAAAAUUAUGAAAAAUCGAAUAAUUUGAAAUAUUUACAAAAAUAUUUUAAGUUGUUUGUUAACAUGCCGGGUGUGUAUGGUUGAUAAGAAAAGAGUGCAGACGUUAUUUUUGUUAAUAUUAACCUCCAAAGAUAUGACAAGCCACAAUGCUAAAAGUCCGGAUGUAGUCGGAUGAGAACAUGUAACCGCAGUUGUUAUUUGUGUAAAUGUUAUCACAUAUUUUUAAAACUAUAAGGUCUUGUUUUUGCAAAACACAUUCAAACAUUUGAUCACGUUCAUGCUGUGUGAAUUUCGCCUAUAAAUACUGAAACAGACGAGCAUAUACCACAGUCGACAUCUGACAGUUUCUACAGUAUAGUUGCAGUGUUCAGUGGAAAAUAUUCAAUUAAGAUAUUCCUAGCGUUCAGACGUGUGCUCUGGUGAGUUUUAUAUCGUUCAGAAGUGUGCUCUGUUGAGUGGCAAACUUUGAAUAUUUUUUGAUUUUGUCGAAAACAAUUUUUUUUUGAAAUUUUUAAAACAUAUUUAGUGUUUGGGUUCUAAUUUUUUUUGAAUUCUAAGUUUUGAAUAUUUAUUAUUAUGUUAUUACUUAGUGUUGUUUGAUUUGGUCAGUUUUUUUUAAUAACGAAAACAUGAACACAUUCUUAGUCACUAAAGAUACAUUUAAGAAAAUUCGUAUUUCUCAUCCUUUAAUAACGAAAACAUGAACAAAUUCUUAGUCACUAAAGAUACAUUUAAGAAAAUUCGUAAAUUUGGCCUCCAGGGACGAACUCUGGAAUUUAAAAUCAGGGAUGUGCCGCAGAGUGAGGAACCUGUGGGAUGGGUAAAAAAGGCCAUCGAGGGGAUUGUACUUAAGGGAACAGAAGGUUUGGAACCAACCGAUCAGGUCGGUUUCACUUUUUGCUCGAAAGACUUUGCCAGAGGUCAGGGUUGGAUGAGGUUCAAGCCUGCCUGUGAAGUGACCGUUGAUGAUAUAUGGAAUAAGAUUAGUUCCAUAUAUCAGAGUAAUAGCACCGGCCUCAAUACCGAAACAUUUUGUUUGGGUAUUACGACGGUAAAACUGCCCGCGGGAAAAGGUGGUCCGAGAGGAAGAGCUUAUAACUCCUUUAACGAGGAGUGUUUGAAAAGGCGAGGAACUGUUGUUAUUAAAAACAAGGAUAAUCUUUGUUUACCUCGUGCUCUUGUGGUUGCAAAAGCUCACGUAGAUAAGGACCAAGAAUGGAAGAAGGUACGUCAAGAUAUUGGAAAAAUACAAGGACAAAGAGCCCAUCAACUGAUUGAAGCCGCUAAUGUAACAAUUCCUGUCGGAGGGGCAGGAAUACCCGAACUACAACAGUUUCAGGGACACCUCACAGAUUACAAAAUUGUGGUGUAUAGUUAUGGUAGCAAGGGUCGUGACGUUAUGUUCUGUGGUAACACUAAUGGUCCAGCGUUAAAUCUUUUGUAUCAUGAAGGACACUUUAACGUGAUCACUUCUUUGACAGCUGCUUUUUGUUGUAUUUAUUAUUGUGAGGAGUGCCACCAGCCGUUUAACAACAAAAACGACCACAGAUGUGGUGGUACAUGUUUUGCUUGUCGUCGUUCACCAGCUUGUUCCAAAGAUUGCGUGAAAAUACCCUGCGAUCAAUGUGGUCGAAACUUCUACGGUAAGGCAUGUUUCAAUGCUCAUGUUGGUUCGGUAUGCGAUAAAAUCAAAAGGUGUAAGACCUGUUACAAGAUCUACACCAAAAGUCAUGUCUGUGGUGAGGUCUUCUGUAAAACUUGUAAGAAAAAUUGUCUGUCAGAUCAUCUUUGUUACAUACAGCCCGAUUCUGGUCUUCCUCCAUCAAGCGAUUUUCUAUUUAUAUUUUAUGAUUUGGAAACUAGUCAGGAAAAGAUAUUGGCUGAUGGUUCGCUUCUUCAAGAACCAAUUCUCUGUGUAUUUAAUCAACGUUGUUACAAAUGUCUCCCUGAGAUGAAAUUAGUUUUCUGUCAAUCUUGUGGAUUUCGCCAAAAGAUUUUGAGGGGUCUUGACGUAAUAAGUCUUUUUAUGAAUCAUAUUUUGCAAAUUAGAAAAAAAUUCAAGAAUGUUGUCGUGUUAGCUCACAAUGGAGGAGGCUUCGACCAUCAAUUUAUUUUAAAUUAUAUUUUAACAAAGACUGAUUUAACCCCUGAUCUCAUUAUGCGUGGUACAAAGUUGGUGUCAAUGGCUGUUGGUAACGCUCGUUUUCUCGAUAGUCUUAAUUACUUUCCAAUGGCGUUGUCUGCUCUACCUAAAGCUUUUGGGUUGACAGAGUUGAAAAAGGGAUAUUUUCCACAUCUGUUUAACAGAGAGGAAAAUCAAUCUUAUGUUGGACCUAUGCCUGAUCUAAAAUUUUACGAUCCCGAUAAUUUAAAAGAUGAUGCACGUGACAAGCUGAUCGCGUGGCACGCUGAAAGAGUAGAUGAGGGAUACGUUUUUGAUUUUCAAAAGGAAAUUGUUGAAUAUUGUAUUAGCGAUGUUGAGAUUUUGACUAAGGCUUGUCUCACUUUCAGAAAACAGUUGAUGGAUACUUCAAAUGUCUGUCCGUUUUUCGAGGCAACAACUGUUGCAUCGACGUGUAACAAGGUAUUCAGGCGUAAUUUCUUACAACCAAACACAAUAGCCCUUAUUCCAAAAGGUGGCUAUCGUUUUAAAGAUAAUCAGUCGAAAAUAGCUUUGCAGUGGUUAUUGUGGGAAGAGAAGCAACGCUGUAUUAAAAUUCAGCAUGCCGCCAGGGGACCUGAAGCUCUUAUUGGAAAUUGUAGGGUGGACGGUCUUUACGAAAACACCAUCUUUGAUUUUCAAGGUUGUUAUUACCACGGUUGUCCUACUUGUUACCCUACAGAUAGAACUGCACCCCUUCAUGACGAUCCUUCAGAUUGUAUGGAAAAUCGUCAUGAUAAAACAAUUGCUAAAGUUAAGCAUCUCAGAUCAAUAGGAUAUGAGGUGGUUGAAAUGUGGGAAUGUCAAUUCCGUAAAAUGCUGACGGCCGAGAUAAAGGCGUAUACCGAGGGGCAUCCUCUUAUGGCUAGUUUACCUUUGAAUCCUAGAGAUGCUUUAUAUGGUGGUCGUACAGGCAAUACUGUAGAGUAUUACAAGUGUAAAGAUGGUGAAAAAAUUAAAUACGUUGAUGUUUGUUCGCUUUAUCCGUGGGUAUGCAAGUACGGAAAGUUCCCAAUCGGACAUCCAAAGAAAAUAUAUAUUGGACAGGAAUGCACUGCUGUAGACAUUACUGAGUUAUCUGGAUUAAUAAAGUGUAAGGUGCUUCCUCCUACAAACCUCUAUCAUCCUGUUCUUCCUACCAAGAUGAACAGUAAAUGUAUGUUCGUUUUAUGCCGAAAGUGUGGAGAGGACUUUGCGGAAGAAGAGUGUGAGCAUUCGAAUGAUGAACGGGCUCUAUCAGGUACUUGGGUGAUUGAGGAGGUAGUGAAAGCUUUAUCAAAGGGUUAUAAAAUAAUUGAGACCUAUGAGAUAUGGUCCUAUGAUGCUUUACAGUUAUCGAAAUCUCAGAAAGGUCUUUUUUCCGAUAUGAUGAACAAAUUUAUCAAAGUGAAACAACAAGCUUCAGGGUGGCCGCGAGGAUGUGUAUCGGAUGAGGAAAAGAGCCGGUACAUCGAGGAGUUUCUUCAGAGGGAGGAUGUCAGGCUGGAGUUUUCCGACAUAACGGAGAACCCUGGUCUGAGGUCGUUGGCUAAGCUUAUGCUCAAUUCUUUCUGGGGUAAGUUCGCUCAGCGAGAGAACCUCCCUAAAACAUCCAUAAUAAACAAGCCUGGAGAAUUUUUUGCUAUGUUGAUUAAUCCAUCCAUUCAGGUUAAUACGGUGAUCCCUGUAAAUGAGGACACACUGGUUGUUACGUGGGAGUAUGUGGAGGAGGCGUACUCAAUGUCGUCAACAGUUAAUGUUGUUCUGGCAUCAUACGUUACGGCUCUGGCUCGUCUCAAAUUGUACUCUUAUCUGGAGAUUAUUGGGUCUCGGGCAAAAUAUUACGACACAGAUUCGUCUAUUUACCUUUCCAAGGCUGGCUUACCUGAUCUCCCAAUAGGUGAGUGUAUAGGUGACUUAACUGAUGAGUUGGGUGGGGGGUAUAUUUCAGAGUUCGUUUCUGGAGGGCCUAAAAAUUACGCAUAUAAAUACACUUUGCCUAACGGUGAAGAAAAAAUUUGUUGUAAGGUUAAAGGUAUUUGUCUAAAUUAUGAGGCAUCUAAAUUAGUUAAUUUCGAUACCAUUAAGAAGAUGGUACUUAUGAAGUCUGACCCUGUUUCUGUGGUGACUAAACAAAUACAAAGGACACAGGAUCAUUGUGUUAUCACAAAAACCCUUGAAAAAAAAUAUAGACCAAACUCAGCAAAAAGAAAAUUUUUUGAAGAUUUUACAUCCGUACCUUAUGGUUAUAAAAAACUUAAAAUUUAAACUAUAGCCCAGACUCAGCUUUUUUAUUUUUUUAACACUAUACCUGUUUAACACUCACAAUCAACAUUUUUAAUUAGUAAGUUAUAUAUUAAUAGAUUACUUUUUGUUUUGUCAACAGUGGAUGCUUUUUCCUCUGCGAUACAACCGAUCGUCUGUCACACUGAAAAGUGGGUUACUAAAAAGUUGUAGUGAGUUGUCGUUUGUCCUACAUGAUUAAACAUCUUUAAAAGAUGUUCAGUUAAGACCAUUAAAAGAUAUCUGAUAUAUAGCCCACUGGCAAAUUAAUGAGCCGUUCUGGUUAACUCUAGAACCGUUGCUCGUGUAGCCGCUCAUUAUAAAAGAUGGCAAUCAGAUCAUAAAAAGAUGUCUGCUGAACCAUUUCCUGUAUGUUUAAAAAAGAUGUUCAGUUAAGGUCACUAAAAGAUAUUCGUUAUAAAAAUGUACUAUAAAUAAUGUUAAUAAAAAGAUACCUGCUGAACCAUUUCCGGUAUUUUAAAAUACAAUAAACAGUUUUCGGCUAUGAACCACUUUGUGAUUUUGUAACAUCAUUACAGCUUUGCUCGUUACUUACUAGAAGGUGGGGCAACAAUCGCUUGUUCUAUGCUAUCACAAAUAUAUAUAUAUAUUGAAUCACAUUUGAUUCCUCUGAGGAAAUUUGGUGGUUGUAGGCCUCUAGGGGAUGGUGUCCACGAUAAAACACCAACGAGGUAUGUGUUGUACCUCAUGGGUGCCUUGGAAAUCAACACGAGUAACCUUUGUUUCAGAUUAUCCUUGAAAAAAAAAAUCAGCACGAGCUAUGUUAGCUUUAACGUGACGACCUUUACGACGUGCUUUUUCUUUACGACAAUACUGUUAGAUAUGUCUUUAUACAUUAACAAAAGUUUUUUUCUACCUAGGUAUACUCUAAGUGUAUAUAAUUUUUUUCUCAAUAUAUCUGAUACAUAAUACCUUUAAAUAUGGUCCUCCUUUUGGAGUAUAAAAAGGACGGUCGACUUUUAACCCGCACGGAUGCACGCCUAUGUACCUUUACGAAGGGAAUUGUACAUAAACCUAUAAGCUGAUCGUAAUCCAUAUCUGCAAAGUAUGUUGUCAGCUUGGGUUAGUAUAUACAGUGCAUUCCGUAUGUUUUAUAAACAUGAUCAGGGGAAAUUGUUGCCUGAUGGCUAUUAAAGAACCGUCUAUGGCCCUCAUAUAUUCUUAUCGCAGAUGUUUAAUAUCAAACUGUAAAAUUAAUACUACCCACUUGCCGUAGAUAAAAUAUUGUAUGCAACUAUUCAGUAAAUUACAUAAAAAAAAAAAUAAUACACAUUUUUCUGAAAAGACUUGUACAUGAGAUGUUUGCUGGUUUGGUCACAGCGUAAGAAUGGUAUAUGUUCAUUGUAGGAAUGUAUGCUUGGAGGGAGAUCGAGGAUGUUUGUUGGUCAUACUGUAAGAAUGGUAUAUGUUCAUUGUAGGAAUGUAUGAUUGGAGGGAGAUCGAGGAUGUUUGUUGGUCAUACUGUAAGAAUGGUAUAUGUUCAUUGUAGGAAUGUAUGAUUGAAACGAAGAUACGAUAUAGUGCCGUUUUGGCAAUGUCUUAUUCACGUCACGUCAUUCACGUUACGUCAUUCACGGUAAAAUAUCACGUUAAAGAGGUACACUGUUAGGAUGGUUUAAAGAUAAAUAGUCUAUACCAUUAGGGAAUAGAGUGUAGCAGAGACCAUUAGAGGCCAUUAGAAACCAUCAGGUCACGUUAUUUACGUCGCGUGAUUCACGUGACGUUAUGCACGUCACGUUCUGUUAGGCACUGUCACGUUCUGUUAGGCACUAUACGGAAAAGAAGAAGAAGAAUUGGCAAUUAAUAUUGAACGUUGACAGAAGAAGAAUUGACAGUUGCCAUCUGUGUCGCCACCGCUUUCAUUUGAUAUCCCAUACGUCAAAAUCGGAUCAUUAGCCAAGAAGAUAUGUUGUAAUGCCGUUUUGGCAAUGUCAAUUAGUUACGUGUUGCAGCCGACAGGUGGCAUGAUAAGAUGAAGAACUGUGAUAGGAUGUUUGAUGGUCGUACUGUAAGAAUGGUAUACGUUCUUCUAGAGGGCUUGGGCAUAGUUACAUGUUGCAGCCGACAGGUGGCAUGAUAAGAUGAAGAAUUGACCACAGCGUAAGAAUGGUAUAUGUUCUUAUAGAGGGUUUGGACAUAGUUACAUGUUGCAGCCGACAGGUGGCAGGAUAAGAUGAAGAACUGUGAUAGGAUGUUUGAUGGUUUGGUCAUACUGUAAGACUGGUAUACGUUCUUCUAGAUGGUUUGAGCAUAGUUACAUGUUGCAGCCGACAGGUGGCAUGAUAAGAUGAAGAACUGUGAUAGGACUAAUAUAUCACCGUUUUGGCAGUGUUGCCAUGUUUCUCCUUCCCUUCGAUGUCUGUUGCGCUAAAAUUAAUAGCAACGAAGAUAUAGUGUCGUUUUGGCAUUGCUGACAUCUUUGUUUUUAUGUUAACAUAUUCAAUAUCCCCUCUUUUUCCCAACGAGACCAUAUUCACACGAAUUGGACCAAUAGACACGAAGAUAUGAUAUAGUGCCGUUUUGUCAUUGCUGACAUCUUUGUUUAUAUGGUAACAUGCCUUCCUCUUUCCAACAAUAUAUGAUCAGUCAGGUCGGAGACAUGCUCUAAUGCUCUUUUGCUAAUGUCUUUGUGAUUGCUCCUCUUUCGUUUAAUGUCUUACAUGUAAUAAACGAACCAAUAACAACGCAGAUGGCAGAUAGGUGCUUCAUGGAUAAGUGUCUUAUUUGGCUUUCUGACUACACCCUGUAUAUUUUGCGAUAAACGAAAUAAAGAGGAGGCCAUCUUGGAAGGCGAGGGUUUGUGACGUAGGUGGGCCUGGCUGUGUUCCCAUUGGUCGUUGGGCGGGGCUUCGUUCUCAUUGGUCGGUGAUUGGGGCUAAGUUCUCAUUGGUCGCUGGACUUUGAUCUCAUUGGUCCAUGGGCGAUGCUGUGGGUGGGCGAGGCUUCCUUCUCAUUGGUCGGUGGGCAAUCAUUGGCCGGUGGGCAACCAUUGGUCUGUGGGCGUGGCUUUGUGGUGGGCGUGGUCGGUGGGCGUGGCUUUGUGGUGGGCGUGGCUUGCGGUGGGCGUGGCUUUGUGGUGGGCGUGGCUUUGUGGUGGGCGUGGCUUGCGGUGGGCGUGGCUUUGUGGUGGGCGUGGCUUUGUGGUGGGCGUGGCGUGGGGCGUGGCAGAUAAAAUUUUUCCCACGCUGUCAAAAUUUUCCCAUGCCCAACCGACCCACACUCUGCUAGCAGUCAGUCAGUUACUA